UGAAUAUAAUUUGGUUUCCUCCACCAUACUUUCGGUUUCGCAUUCAAAUUAUGAAUUAAUGAGUCACAAUAUUUUUGUCAGUUUUUGUUUUCUUUUCCUCUAGCUACUUAAAAGCGGGAAACAAAGAUUUAUAUCAAAUCUAAGAAAUAAACUGACAAAAAAUAUGAAAAUGUAUGAUACAAGGAAACAAAUGUAUACUUCUUGCAUGGAUAUCUUCAUUGAAUCUAGACUAGAGUUUGAACGUGUUCAGAGAAAAUGUCAUUGAUUGGAAAACGAUGCACAGAAUACAUUGAACUUUCUGAAAUAGGUUGUGCUCUCAAAAAUAACAAUACAACAUCUUACGGUUCAACACAAUUGGUGGAAGAUUCGGUAAACUUUUUGACAUCUUAUACCUCUACUUUGUCAUCUCAACAAGGAGUCAAUACAGUGACUAGUAGUAUCAAUGAGCCCCGUAAAACACAUGUACCUAAACAUAUACCUGAUGAAAAGAUACUGUCUGGAAAGUAUGAGAGUCUGGAUUAUGACAUCGUUGAAAAUGACCUGUUUGAGGAGAUGCUUAAAAAUAAUACAAAUAAGGAUUACAUAAAAACUGAGUUUUUAAGAUGGCUGAUCAUGGGUAUGAUAGGUAUAUUAACUGGACUGGUUGCCUGUUUUAUAGAUGUGUGUGUCAUACAGACAACACAAUUAAAGUUUGAAUAUAUUAAAGAUUACAUAGCUACUUGUUUAGAAUCAUUCUGUUUAGAGGUACCUUUGCUGAUUUGGAUAUGUUGUAAUGCAUUUCUUAUAUUGAUUGGUUCCUUCCUGACUGCCAAAUUUGCUCCGGUGGCCUCUGGUAGUGGAAUCCCACAGAUAAAAUGUUUCUUGAAUGGUGUAAAAGUUCCACAUGUGGUCAGACUGAAGACAAUUGUUAUUAAAAUUGUAGGAGUAAUAUGUGCCGUGUCUGGUGGACUCAUUGUAGGAAAGGAAGGACCAAUGAUUCAUUCUGGAGCAGUGAUAGCUGCUGGUAUUUCUCAGGGCAAAUCCAGUACAUUCCUCUUUGAUUUUAAGAUAUUUGAAAUGUUUAGAUCUGACCAUGAAAAGAGAGAUUUUGUGUCAGGGGGUGCUGCGGCAGGUGUAUCUGCUGCCUUUGGAGCUCCAGUUGGAGGUGUUUUGUUUAGCUUGGAGGAAGGGGCCAGUUUCUGGAAUCAAGCUUUGACCUGGAGAAUUUUUUUUGCUUCCAUGUUGUCAACAUUUACAUUAAACGUUGUACAGAGUUUUGUGAAGGGACAUCCAUUAGACCUGUCUUCUCCUGGUCUCUUCAAUUUUGGAAAAUUUGAGACAACAACCUAUGGAGGAUUAGAAAUACCAAUAUUUAUUUUAAUGGGUAUUGUAGGUGGACUUCUUGGUGCUUUAUUUAACCAUAUUAACUGCAAACUGACCAUUUUUAGAAGAAAAUAUAUAACCAAGGUUUACUUGCAAGUUUUAGAAGCAGUUAUAGUUGCUCUUUGUACAGGAACAGCUUUCUAUGUCUGCUUAUAUUUUGAUAAUGACUGCCAGGUCAUGGAGAGUUCAGAAUCACAAGAGAAUGGAAUUCAGUUCUUCUGUGCUGAUGGAAAGUUUAGUUCUAUGGCUUCAGUGAUGUUCAGAUCUCCAGAGGAAAGUGUAAAAAGUUUAUUUCAUGAUUUGCCAGAGACCUACCAACCAACCACAUUGAUUUUAUAUUGUUCCAUGUGUUUUUUUCUUGCCUUGUGGACAUAUGGUCUUUUUGUUCCAAGUGGACUUUUUAUACCAAGUCUUCUUAUUGGUGCUGGAUGGGGUCGUUUGGUUGCCAUACUUCUACAUUACAUCAGCCCAACAGCUAAAUGGGUGACCUUUGAAAAGUAUGCAUUACUUGGAGCAGCAGCACAACUUGGAGGCAUAGUGAGAAUGACAAUUAGCCUGACAGUCAUUAUAAUGGAGGCUUCUGGGAACAUUACUUUUGGACUUCCUGUUAUGAUUGUGUUGAUGGUUGCCAAAUGGGUGGGGGAUAUUUUUAAUGAGGGAAUUUAUGAUAUGCAUAUUCACAUGCAAGGAGUUCCACUGGUUGGCUGGGAACCAUCUUCUAUGUUAUCCACUAAAAGAGCAAGUGAGGUGAUGAGCCACCCUGUAACAGUAUUUAGAACAAAAGAAACAGUUGGCAGAAUUAUAGAUGUUCUGAAGUCAGAGACACACAAUGGAUUUCCAGUAGUGGAGGAUUAUGAUCCUUUUGUUGAACAGUCUUUCAAGGAUGAGGCUGAGAGUUUUGGGACAUACAAAGGUGUUAUACUGAGAUCACAACUUAUAGUUUUAUUGAAAAUGAAGGCUUUUGAAGAGCAUGAAGAUGUACAAGCUGUGAAAUCAGUAUUGAAUAUAAAAGAUUUUCGGGAUGCCUAUCCUAGGUUUAUACCUAUACAUCAAAUUAAUAUAUCUCCACAUGAAAGAGAAUUUACAAUAGAUCUACAGCCUUAUAUGAAUCCUGGAGCAUAUACAGUCUCACAUAAUUCUUCAUUUCCAAGAAUAUUCAGAUUAUUUAGAGCUCUUGGACUUAGACAUUUGGUAGUAGUUAAUGAAAAUAAUAAGGUGAUUGGCAUGGUAACAAGAAAAGAUUUAGCCAGAUACAGAAUCUCAUCUCAUUUUGGAAAUGUACAGAUUGAUGAGUUGUACAUUUCACAGUCUUGAUGGAUAUUAACAUUGACUGAUAAAACCCACCUUUGCUAUGAUAUUAUUUUUUCAAACAACUGCAGAUUUAAUGUUUGUAUUAUCAGAAAAGUUUCUUUAUUGUUACCUUUAAGGGAUCAAGAAAGGGAAUAUUUUUUUUGUUUCCAGACACCAGCAUUAUAGAGAUUCAUGCAUUCCUUUAUCUUGAAUGAUUUUCAGUGGUUCUUGGAAAAGGUGCAAUUUUUAAAAUCUUUUCCAUUUUGAUCAAGGAGAAGCUACAGUUUUCAUGAUUGUCUGUUAAGUUUUAAAUACCCCAGAUUUUUUUUCUGAGAUUAAAUAGUUUUCUUAAUUAUAUCAAAAAGUAAUCUACACAGUUUCUUGCAAAGCAAAUAGUAGAUUUGUUUCCAUGUAUGACAUGGUCAUUGUUAAGUUUUCUAAAUCUUCAAUUAUAUGAAUAAUUAUACAGGAGUAAACCUUGAAAUGUUGUUGCAAGUUAUUUAUUUAAAAAAAGAAUACAUUUUUAGCUCACCUGGCCGAAAGGCCAAGUGAGAUUUUCUCAUCACUUGUCGUAUGUCACUGUUAAGGUUGUCGUUAACUUUUUACAAAAAAAAAAAACCAAGUUGCCACAAUUAUCAUUCAGGUAUGUAGUUCAAAAAACAUGUCCCAUGACCCCGCUUGCCAACCAACAUGGCAGACAUGACUAAAAAUAGAACAUAGGGGUAAAAUGCAAGUUUUGUCUAUUAUCUUGAAAACCGCUAUGAAAAGAGAAAAUCUGACAAUACAGAAAUGUUCAGAAUGUUAAGAUCUACCUGCUGUCCAUUAACAUCGAAACUGUCAGAUGACUUCUUAUAGGAGUUAUUGCCCUUCAAUGUAAAAUUUUACUGAUUUUUUUUCAUUUUUGCCUUUUAUUUUGAAAACUAUAAUAGGUAGAGAGAAAUUUUAAAUAGGAAAAAUGAUUAGACAGACAAGACCUACAAAUAAACAUGGCAGUUAUUGCCUCUUUAUGACAAAUUUUCCAUUUUUUUGCUUUUUUGAUUAAUAGUUUACAAAAUCUUCUCCUCUGUAAUUACUGGGCAAAAUUUUAUCAAACUUGGCCACAUUUAUUAUUAGGGUAUCUAGUUUAAAAAAUAUGUCUGUUGAUCCCACUUGCAAACAAACAUGGCGGACAUGGCUGAAAAUAGAACAUAGGGGUAAAAUGCAAGUUUUAUCUUGAAAACUGCUAUGAAAAGAGAAAAUCUGACAGGGACAGAAAUGUUCAGAAUUUUAAGAUCUUCCUAAUAUCUAUUAAAUUCAAAACCGUGAGAAGACUUCUUAUAGGAGUUAUUGCUCUUUAAUUACGAUUUUGCCAUUUUUUGGGGGGCGUUUUUAUGCCCCACGUCUUAGCGAAGGGGGCAUUAAGUUUUACCCUCAUUCGUCUGUACAUCCGUCUGUCUGUACGUCCUGAAAUUGGUUUCCAUUCUCUAACUUUAGUUUGCCUCAACCAAAUGUUAUGAAACUUAUACACACAAUGCUUAUUACCACAAAACACAGAUUCAGUUUGAAUUUGGGUGGCAUCACUUUUAACUUUCUAGAGUUAUGCCCCUUUACAAAUGGAAAAAUAGCUGAAAUUUAUCUUUUUCUGUUCUCUGACUUAAGUUUGCCUCAACCAAAUGUUAUGAAUCUUUUACACAAUGCUUAUUACCACAAAACUCAGAUCAAGUAAGAGUUUGGGUAGCAUCAUUUGUACGGUUCUUGAGUUAUGUCCCUUUAUAACGUUAUAUGCAAGCAGGGGCAUCAUUUGUUCCCAUGGACACAUUCCCCAUUUAUUUGUCAAAUGAUAUUGAUAGAUUGAUAAAUAUCCCAGAGUGCUGAUAGAAGAUAUAACAAUGUUUGGAUCUGUUUGUUCCAGUGUAGGGCUAGUGUUCUUCUUCCUCUUGAUAUCUUUUGAGUUUUUUUGUACAUUACCUGUCCAUAAUGUUAGUGCAAUAUUCAAUUAUAUGUAAACCCUUUAUUUUUAAGAUGUUGAUAUAUUCUAAAUAUAUGUAUAAAAUAAAACAUUUCUUUGCAACUUU